UAUGCGGAGUAAAACGAGAUUGUCUAACCACAGAGGCUGCACUCUGGUCACGUGACACAGGGAGCAAAGUUUUGAAACAGUCUACCGGAGAGAACUCGCAAGCAAAGCUAGCUGUAACCUACUCAAUGGCCUCAGGCUCAACAGAACCAGACCCUACGGGGCUAGUUUCAAAGAGGAAAUACACAUCAGUCGUGUGGGACUAUUUCGGUUUUAAGAAAGGAGAUGUUGCACAGAGUCAGGUACUGUGUAAAACCUGCCUGGUCAGAGUUGGUACAUCACGGGGCAACACUACCAAUUUGUACCAGCACCUAAAAACGCAGCACAAAACAGUGUAUGAUAGAUGUAUGGCUACAAAAUCAAGCAGUGUGCAGAAUAAUCCUAGUAAAGUUAAUCGGCAAGGAUCACUGACCGAACUGUUUGAAGGUGUUACGCCAUAUGAACGCAGUUCAAAGCGGCACACGGAAAUUACCAAAGCAGUAACCCAAUGCAUCGCGAAAGACAUGAUGGCCGUCAAUACGGUGACCAAGCUUGGGUUCAAUAAUUUGGUAACUACGCUGGAUAAGAGGUACAAAAUGCCCUCCCGCACGUAUUUUAGUCAGACUGCCCUUCCGGAGCUACAUAUGCAGUGUAGGCAGAAAGUAGCAGCGGACUUGAAGGCUGUGGAGUUUUUUGCGGCUACAACAGACAUGUGGUCAAGCCGUACAGCGGAGCCUUAUCAAAGCCUUACGGUCCAUUAUAUCUCUGAAGACCUCCACCUCGAAGCUCGCAGCCUUCAAACGGCCUACUUCCCCGAAGACCACACAGGCGAAAACAUUGCUGCUGGCCUGAGAGCGGGGCUUGCGUGCUGGGAUCUCACUGAAGACAACCUUGUCUGCAUAACGACGGACAACGCGUCAAAUAUGGUGAAAGCAGCACAGCUGAACGAAUGGACCAGACUCCAGUGUUUCGGACACAGAUUACAUCUUGCUAUUGAAAAUGCAAUCAAAGAUGAUAGAGUAUCCAGAGCAAUAGGGCAGUGCAGGAAGUUGGUGGGGCACUUCUCCCACAGUUGGAAGAAAAAGGCAGCGCUCACUGAGGCACAGAAGGAGCUUAAGCUUCCUGAGCACUCUCUCAUUACCGAGUGCCCUACAAGAUGGGGGUCCAAAGAGAAAAUGAUUGCCAGAGUGCUGGAACAGAUGACAGCCAUAUCAAAGGUAUUGUCAGGUGACCGACAUGCACGCCCCCUCAUCCCAACCUGGCAGGAUGCUGCCGUGUUGAAGUCCAUUCAUAAGGCACCGCAUCCUCUCUCCGAAUUUACUGAUGCUCUUUCUGGAGAGGAGUAUGUGAGCAUCUCCUACCUCAAGCCAGUUCUCCAUCUUCUGGCAACAUCAGUCUUGGCUGAAGAUGCUGAGGACACUGAUCUGACUAGAUCAAUUAAAACCAAGGUCCUGGCUUACCUCAACGACAAGUAUAGUGACCUCAUCACCCAGGAGCUUUUGGAUGUUGCGUCUUUCAUGGACCCUAGGUUCAAAACGCAAUACAUCAGCGCAGACAACCUUCCUGCCAUUAAGGCCCGACUGAAGACAGAAAUGGUGGAAUCAGCAAGACGUACACAUAAUCAGGAGAAGAGGUCUCGCACUGAAACCGCUCAAAAUUCUCCAAGUGCACAGGCCUCUGGGGGAAAGGCAAAGAAGUCUCUUGGUAGUCUUUUUAAAACCAGUGUGGCCUCUUCAGCUUUGCCUCUGCCACUUGAAGAUGUCGUGGAGGCAGAGUUGAAUAGUUACCUGUUGAGCCCUGUCAUUGACGGAGAGGAUGAUCCCUUAGCCUGGUGGAAGGUGCACAACAUUCACUUUCCACGACUGUGCAAGAUGGCCCGCAAAUAUCUAUGUGUGCCAGCCACAAGUGCCCCCUCAGAGCGUUUGUUCAGCACUGGAGGGAAUAUAGUGACUUGCACUCGCUCAUCCUUAAAGCCAGCAAAAGUUGAUAUGCUGGUCUUCCUAGCAAAAAACCUUGAGCUAUGAUGAUUAUGGCUGGCAGAGCCAUACUCAUUGUGCACUUCAGUUUGUGCUGUGUUACUGCAGAUAAUCAAGAUGUUCAGCCAGUUUUAAUUUAAAGGUGUGUUUGUGUGUGUAUACAAUUGCUAUAUUAUGUUUGCACUUUAUGUGUAAUGUUACUGACUAGUUUUAUUUAUUUAAUAUUAUUUUUUAAUUUAAUGACUUUCUAGCAGUUCACAGAUGUCGAAAGUCGAGUGUGGUAAAGCCACAGAUUGUUUUUAUAUAUAUAUAUAUAUAUAUUUCUGCACAUUGUACUGACUUUCAUUUGAAUGUUUACACCAGGGUUCCUUGUCAGCACUUUAUGCUCAGAUGUUACUAUACUAUGCUCAGAGAUGUUACUACUCAAAAUAUACUAUUGUGUAUGUUCAAAUAUACUGUUUUGAUUGAAUUAGUUGUCAGUCAUCAUUCAUGCAAACUCAUGUCAUCAUAACAGAGGUAUGUCUUCCAGGAAAGAACAGUUUAAAAUUAAUGUAAUAUAGUAUUGGCCAUACUAUAUGAUGUUUUGCUUGUCAAUAAUACAGAAGACAAAGUCCUUAAAAAAUAAUCGCAUAUCGCAUCGCAAUCGCAAUAUUGGCGCGAAAAAUCGCAAUUAGAUUAUUUUCCAUAAUCGUUCA